AUGGGGGAUCCUUCGAUGCCGACGGUGGAGAGUAUAUCCCUACGAAGAAAUUCUAUCCGCCAUGGCAAGAAGCAAUCAUAUACUGCAUCUUCUUUGUCAUCCUUUCGUCAGUUACGUGAGCUCACCGAUGGGGGCAAAGAAGUAGUUCUCGAUGGACAAUCCUUGGAUCUAAGCUCUGUAUUUGCUGUUGCUCACAAUGGACUUGCUGCGACGAUCACAGACGAUAAGAAUGUGUUAGGUCGAAUGCACCACAGUGUAGAUCUACUUGGCCAAAAACUGGCAAAAGGCGAAGUCAUAUAUGGUGUCAAUACUGGGUUCGGAGGUAGCGCAGAUACACGAACUCAGGACUACGCGACACUACAGAAGGCAUUGAUUCAACAUCACAAUGCAGCGAUACUACUCCCAAGCGAUCGCGGCCUCGGGAGUCCUGUGUCUAGCUUACAUCACUUGAAAAGCCAUUGCAUGCCAGUUCCGAUAGUUCGAGCAGCCAUGCUCACGCGUUGUAAUUCACUCUUACGAGGCCAUUCAGCCGUUCGGGUCCAGGUUGUCGAGCAUAUCCUCACUCUACUUGCUCAUGGGUUGACUCCGGUGGUACCAUUACGUGGUAGCAUAUCGGCUUCCGGAGACCUGACCCCGCUUGCCUACAUCGCGGGUGCAUUGGAGGGCAAUCCAGAUAUUUCGAUGCAUAACGCUGCUGGCGAUCAGAUCAUACCUGCCGAUGAAGCAUUGCAGUUGGCAGGACUCGUGCCAUUGAAUUUCGGUCCCAAGGAGGGACUUGGUCUGCUAAACGGCACUGCUUUCAGCGGUGGCGCGGCCAGUCUUGUCCUCUUCGAAGCCAAUAAGCUUGUUCUACUUUCCCAGGUACUCACAGCCAUGGGCACCGAAGCUCUACUUGGCACCAGAUACAACUACCAUCCAUUCAUAGCCGAUGCUCGGCCUCAUGACGGCCAACGGGAGGCGGCAGCCAAUAUCUUCAAGAUACUGACUGACUCUAAGUUGGCGAAGAAUCCCACUGAAGGAGGUGAGACCGCCAACCACGGCGGGCUGGCACAGGAUCGAUACGCCCUGCGAACGUCAACCCAAUGGAUUGGACCCCAGAUUGAGAAUAUGGCAUUAUCCCUGAAGCAGGUGGUAUGUGAACUCAACUCCACAACGGACAACCCGCUCCUGGAUCCAGAGGAAGCCCAGAUCCAUCACGGAGGCAACUUCCAGGCAGCAUCAGUCACGUCCGCCAUGGAAAAGACCAUGGGUGCGAUGCAGAUGCUGGGCAAGAUGAUCUUCUCCCAGUGCUCUGAGAUUAUCAAUCCAAACUUGAGUCGGGGUCUUCCUCCCAAUCUCAGUGUCGACGAUCCUAGUUUAUCGUUUGCGUUCAAGGGGGUGGACAUCAAUAUGGCGUCGUAUAUGUCUGAACUAGCCUAUCUGAAUCACCCCGUCAGUAACCAUGUUCAGUCAGCGGAGAUGCACAAUCAGGGUCUGAACUCGCUAGCCUUCAUCGCUUGUCGCUAUGCGGGGGAUGCCGUGGAAGUUCUGUCGCUGAUGGCCGCCACAUACUUGUACGUACUUUGCCAGGCACUGGAUCUGCGGGCGCUCCAUUUGGAAUUCGUGAAAGAUGCACGGGCUCAGGUCGACGAUAUCACAGCUGAGCUUUACUCAUCAACGUUUGGUGCUCGCUUACCGGCAGUGCAAAACAAACUCUGGGAAGAACUGAUGAAUCACUGGUCACGAACGAGCACAAGUGAUCUCGCGGAGCGAUGCCAGUCAACCACGAGCUAUUCCGUAGGAGUCCUCUUGAGCUCCUUGGCGGCAGAGAGUAAUCCCGAAAAUUCUUCGAUGACCGACGUCCGAGCAGCCCAGCAUUGGCAAACUCGAGUAUGCGCCGUGUUAAAAUGGAGCUAUCGGACGACGCGGGAGACUUUUCUCACAAGGCAGACAACCAAGUCGUAUCUCUGCAGUGCUUCACGAAGUUUCUACACCUUUGUCCGGGAGAAACUUGCCGUGCCAAUGCACCGAGGUAUCGCCGACCACCCUACCUAUGAUUCGGCGGAGCGUCGCAAGAAAGGGUGUAUUGGAACACAAAUUAGCAAAGUGUACGCCGCUCUUCGAAGGGGUGAAUUCCAAGAUGUUCUGCUCAGUUGUUGGUAA